AUGACACAAAAAAUACUGAGAAUCUUAGAUUUCCAAAUCUCUAGCUUUAUAUCACCUAACUUGAUUAAUUUGACUUAUAAGAUAUUGCAUGAUAGUAGUAGUGGUACUAUCAAAUUAAGAGAUCGUUUGGUCCAUUCGAUCCCGAUCCAUCAAUUGAGCCUCCUCAGUAAAAGUUUCACUCAAAGGUACUUCAGCUAUUAG